UUUAGCCCGCCGGCUCGGCAGAUCCACGUGCGGGAGCUCUCCUCGGGCACAAUUCCUCGCGCAUAAAUUAAUCCCAAAAACCGCGAAGUGCAGUGUUACCCCCUGAAAGCCGAGAUUCGUCCCCCGAACAAAGGGGGCCCUCUCCGUCGCGGCUGACGUCACCCCACCUCGGGGUGAGUGUUUACAUUUUUUCCGAGUGUCCGUGGCGUCCAGAGAACAAAGAACUCCCAGUCAGCGGGUCCCUCGUCGCGUUAAACCCGACAACAAUACUCUUUCCCCUCGAAUUCCGUUGGCCCCGCAUUCCGGACGAUCACGUCAACGAAAUAAAUGGCGGGGAGUAACGCGAGAUGUCGAGAAGAGGUGGUGCGGACGAUAGUGUCCCUUCUCGUGACGGAGAAGCCAGCGUACAACAUUCCAAUCCCCAAGUUAGAGUCGCUCUACAGAUCCUCCGAGUGCGAGAGAAUCCCCUACCGAGUCCUCGGUUACCCCUCGGUAGUCGAAUUUCUGCGAACAAUUCCGCAGAUACAGAUCGUCACCCGUGACGGCACAAACUUGAUAAACUUCCUGGGCUCGGAGAAGACUCGCGACCUGAGUGAACUAGUGGCGAGACAGAGAACGAGUCAAAAGUCCCAGAGGAGUAGGUCCACGUGUCGGGGAAGGGGUCCCCGAGGGAUUCCGCAGGGCUAUUUCCCCAGGAGUCAGAGUGCCUUCCCUCCACGAACGAGUGACACUUUCUCGCGACUGUGCACUGAGACCCUGGAGAUUCUCGAGAGAUCGCAGGGCGGACUGUCGAGGACGAAUUUGAUGUACAAGGUGAGGGAGAAGAAGCUGGGGUACUUCGACAUGCAGAACCUCAACGACAUUUUGCUUCACCUCGGGGGAAAGGUGGUCGUCAGCGAUCAGAUGGUGUUUGCAGCAGCCAGGGCCCGCCACAACGAGAUCUCGUGGGAGGGGGACCGCCGGGAGCCCCCGAGGCCCCAGAACCCAGUGGUCGUGAGGAACUUCCAGGUGGAGGAGGAGGACGACUAUUUCGGGGAUUUCGAGGAGCACCAGGCGCCUGCGAAGGACGAGAAACCAUUGGCCAUCACCUCGGGGCCCCAGGGCGAGGAUCCAGCGAAGGAGGACCCCAUGCCGGGCGUCAACGACCCCAGGACCCAGGCUGAGGUCGAGAUGAUCAUCAACGAGAGGAUGAGGUUCAGGCUCGAGAAGCUCAUUCAGAACCGCCCGGAGGGCAUUUGGUGCGCUGAACUCGCCAAGAUAUACCAUGAGGUGUACAACUUGACCCUCGAGUGGCAGCAGCUGGGGUUCAACAGCCUCAGCGACCUCGUGCUUCAUCUCCCUGAUAUUUUCUACUGCGUCCAGCCCAGUCCCACUGGGGACUUCAGGGUCUUCGACGCUAAAAAUAAGGACAAGGGCACCGUCAUGCCGGUGAAAAUGACCCUCAGUGCCAUUCAUCAGAUUUAUCCUGACCCUGAGGACGACGUCAGGGCUGUACCUGCGGGGCUCUCACCCGAGACCAUCAAUCGACUCAUUCCGGAGGAUGUUGUUCGCCUCGGGGAGACCAUCGGACAGGUUCUCAUUGAUUGCUUCAAUCAGGAGGACAAGGGGUAUGAGGAGGUCGUUGUCUGCGAUGCUUUCACUCCCUCGUUCUUCUGGAUUCAUCUGAGGAGGAAGAUACUCAAGCUUGAUACCAUGAUGGAGAGACUUCAAGAGUACUACGAGCAAAAGGGCAGUACUUACAAUGUCCCUCUGAUUGUUCUUGAGAAGGGGCUGAAUGUUGUCUGCAAAUUCUAUGGGAAAUGGCACAGGGGAAUCGUCAAAACCGUCGAGCCUGAUGCAGAGUCAACAACAACUGUUCUCUUCUACGACUAUGGAACUCUCCACAAAUAUCCAGCAACUGCAAUGCAUUUUCUCCACCGCAAGUUCUCGAAUUUGCCAGCUCAGGCGAUUCCCUGUGGCCUGUACAACAUCAAACCCCCAGAGGAUUAUGGAGCUCUCAAAAAUCCCGAUGGCAAGGUGAGAUGGUCCAUUGAGACCAGUCGUCGAUUCGUCCAACGAGUCCACGACAGACCACUGGUCGCCAUUUGUGGGAAAAAGUUUCCAGAGAAUAACUCAAUGUUGCUCAGUCUCACCGACACAUCGAGCGACGAGGACGUGAACAUCGGCGAAUGGCUGGUGAACGAUGGACUCGCUGUGCACGGUUCGAUGGUUCGUAUCAGGCCCAAAAAUUUCCCAUACAAACAUUCACUGACCUGUAAACCCACUGAGCAUUACGAAAAACCCUGUAAAGCCAUAAAAAAAUUGUUCCCAAAUGUGAAGCCCCCACCCCCAGUUGAUGUAUCAAAAUUAUCGAACAAUAAGAAAAGAGUCAGUAAAGUCGAGAGUUUGAGAGCUAAACUUUUGGAGAAAGCGUCAGCCAAACGGGGAGUGAAGUGUCCCACCUGUGGGCAGCCAAUUCUUAAAUUACCUGACGUGAAAGUAGAAAAAGUCCCAGAUGUUGCCCAUAUGAAUGGGGUAAUUCCUCCAGUAAAUGGGGUAUCGAUGCCUCCAAUGAAUGGGGUAAUGUCCCCAGUGGAUGAGUUAUUCGAGAAAAUCCCUCACCUCAACCCAACCGCCAUGAAGAUGAUUGGCCACUGGGUGGAGACUGGCUACAUGCCACGAUUGGGAGUCCCCUCUGCUCAGGAAUCUACUCCUGAAUGGGAAGAGAGAGGUCUCGCCCCAGACGAGGUCCUCGCAGAGGCCCACAGGCCAGCUGAGCAAGUCGAAACUCCCCCCGAAGUCGAGGAGAAAGUCCUGACCCCAGAAGAAAUUCCCCCAGAGCCCCACAGACCAGCUGGUGAAGCUGAGGCCCCUCUCGAGGUCGAAAGGACACCUCUGCACCUGGCACCACCAGCCACCACUGAUGACGACGCACUGUCCGAGUUCGACACAGUCCUGAAACCCCAGAGGCAGAUCCUCCAAAGUGGAGUCAUCGACUGGGAGACUUUCAGGCUCAUCGAGAAAAAUCCAAAGCCAAAACCGGUGGAGAAGGGGGAGCUCCUGAAGAGCAUUCCCAAGCCCAAACGAAAGAUCGUUGAGACUAGGGAACUGUUUGAUGAUGCAUCUGUGGGUGGUGAUGCUCCAGCAGAGGAACUGGGGGAAAUUAAACAUGAGAUGAUUAUACCGAUUAUUAAACAGGCUUUGAGGAAUAAUAAGAAGGAGUUGAAGUAUUCGAGGGUUGUUAUAAGUAGAGAUAUUUUAGGUGAGAGGGCGGGUUCGAAUGGCCCUGUGGAGUCGUCAGGGGGUCCUGGUGAUGAUGAGGAAGUGAAGGGGGUGGAAGGGGGAGUUGAUGAAGGCAGGGUAAUUAAUGGAGAAGCUGGAGGAAGUGGGGAAGUCAGAGAGGAAGGAAAAGAAGAAUUUUCCGAGUUAUUUGAGGGGAUUCCAAAAAUUAAUUCAUCAAGCCUUCAGAAGGAUGAUGAGUCAAGGCCUGAAAUAUUGAGCCCUCCGAGUGGUCUUGUGGAGUCAUCAGACGUGAAAGCAACUGUUGAUGGGGAAUUGCCAGAGGAAGACAUGAGAAUUAAUGAAAAAGGAGAAGAAAAAGAAGAAGAAGCGAUGGAAAUUAAAUUUUCCCCAUCACUCGAGGCGAUUCCCCAAAUUAAUUCCUCAACCCCUCAGAAUGAAGACAAUUCAACCCCCAGGGCACUCAUCGAAGAAGUUCUUUCACCCAAACAAGAAUCAAAUGACACCAGUCAAGAUAAUCGCGAUGAAGACAAUUCUCCGCCUGUUGAAGAAACUCCGAAGAACCGCAGAGUUCUCAUCGAAGAGUUAUCAUCCUCAGAAGAUAGUGACGGGGUGGAAAUGGUCUCGGUGUACGCCGAGCUCCUGAAGAAGUCUCCUCGCUUCUUGAAACAAAUCCUCCACAGAAAUAGUCCUGAGGAAUCCUCCGAGCUGGACUCGGACGACGAAUCGAGCGAGAUGUCCAAUGACGAAGAGAGUAUUAACAAAUCGAUCGAAGAAAUUGAAACAAUCGGUCGUGAUGAAGUUCCAGAGAUCGUCGAGACAACUGAGAAGAGUAAUAACGAGAUCAUUCCCACAGAGUCAAUUGAAAAUUCAUUAAUUUCCACAUUAAAAUCAAAAUAUAACAGCUAUAAUAAUGAGAAUAGUAACGAGAAUUUGGGAGAAGGUAAUUCGAGCUUGGAAUUGAUUAAUAAUGAGAAGAAUCUGUUGACAAAUCAUGUCCCUUUAGAUAAUUCGCAAAUUCCUGUUUUCGAUGCCGCAGAUUUUAAUUCUGAUGACGAAGAGUUCGAUGUUUAUUUUGCUAGCGAAAAUAAGAUUUAUGGGGUAAUCCCACAGAUCGGGAGGUUUAGGGAAAUAAUGAUGAAUGGAGAUGACGAAGAGGAUGUCAUCAAUGAAGACAGUUCCAAAAUGAUUAACCCAAAUUCAUCGAAUGAGAUUAGAACAGAUGAUGGGGAUGUCGAAGAGGUGUACAGAUCUCCUGAAGACACUGACGACUCAAUCGUAAGUGUUUCGACACUUUCAGAUUAAUUAUGCUCUUUCCUCUUUUCUUUCAAAUUUUGUUGGCAUUGACAGAGUUUAUUCAGUUGAUUCUAGUGAAUCGUUCGUCUUAUUUUCCUUAAUUUUGAUACUGACGAUUGGGGCUAGUGUCAAAUGACUUUGUUAUCAGUGGCUAUUUCAUUGAGUAGAAAAGAAUUUUUUUGCGGAUGAAUUCACUAUCUGAAAAAUGUAGAAUGAAGAAUAAGAUUUAGACAAAAAUAUCUAGGAAUUUGUUACAACGAUUGAGUCUCGAUCGGAGAAUGAAUUUAUUUCACUCCGCAAACUAGACUAAUGUAAAACAUUCUAAAAAACGAUAAAAAAAUUAGGUAAAAAUAUCUAACGAAAAGACAACGAAGAAAUUAAUUUCCUUCACUUUAAACGAA